AUGCAAUCCCCCAACCACAUUUUGCACACCACCAAAACUCCCAUCAAAAGCAAGACCCUCACGCCUAGACCUUCCAACCCCGCCGCCGCCGCCCCGUCUCAGCCGCGCAGCCACGGCUCGACCACCCAGGCCUGCGCCGCCUGCAAGUACCAGCGCCGCAAGUGCGCCUCCGACUGCAUCCUCGCCCCGUACUUCCCCCACGACCGCCAGCCGCAGUUCCUCAACGCGCACCGCCUCUUCGGCGUCAGCAACAUCGUCAAGAUCGUCGCCGGCCUCAACCAGCCGGAGAAGGACCACGCCAUGCGGACCAUCAUCUUCCAGUCCGACGCCCGCGCCUCCGACCCGGUCGGCGGGUGCUACCGGAUCAUACGCGACCUCGAGCACCAGAUAAGCCUCGCCAAGGCCGAGCUCGAGAUCGUCCUCCACCACCUCGCCCUCUGCCGCGCCGCCGCCCAGCAGGAGGGCCCCCCGCCCGAGGACGACGACCAGGGGUGGAGGGAGCCGUACGGGGCGGAGGAGGAGGUCGCGGCCGUCGAGGAUUUGAACUCGUGGGGCUGCAUGGGCGGCCCCGACGCCCAUGCGCACGCGCAUGCGGAAUCCACGUCGUCCUCGUUUCCUCACGACGAUCAUCGCCAUGCGAGAAAAUGCUCUUUGGAGGAGUGCAACGACGAUAUGAUCAGACCCAUCUUCGAUCGCUUGGUCUGCGACGACGUGAGGGACGACGAGUUCGAACUCGACUCCGAUGGGAACAUCAUACCGAGAAACAUUACGAACUCACCCGAGAAGGCUGCGAUCAAGGAAGACGACGAGUGUUUCUCGUACAUUCAAGACCACCAAGAUCUGAAGGCUGCAGCCACAAUCUUCAGCCUCACAAAUUGUGAUCUAUGAUGAAACUCCCAAACAACCAGUUAUGUAGGUACAGUUAGCAGCAAAUAUGUACAGUACUUUAUGUUUCUUCCUCUUCAAUUAAAGCAAUGAAAUUCAGAUAUAAUGUGCAUCACCAUUUUCCAUAUCCCAAAAAAAAUUUCAAUAAUGUGUAAAGUAGUAAUUUCCUGCUGAAAAACACAAAGGGGCUGUUUUUCAAGUUCAUCUAACUACAAAGGAUGAACAUUGACCCCCUAACCCCCACUCUCAUCUACCAAAAUGUCUCAAAAAAAAGAAGAAAUAUAUAGAGGUGGACAAACACCA